CCACAGUUUGAGACCUCUGGUGUGGGCAACCUGCCACUACUCUCCUCUGCAUUGUCACGAGGUCAGAAGACAAAUAAAGGAAGAGGUACACUUUAGGGUUAGCGGUAGAAGAUCUACUUACCGCUGUACGUGAUGAAUGUAGAACUGCAGUACUGCUGUUUGCCGUCACACGUCUCCGCUUUCUGUUCUUGAGAAGCAUGGUCCGGAAGACCCCUGAAGGUGAAGCACUGGAGGCCGACAGCUGAACGAGAAGUGACGCAGCUGUAUCCCCUCCCUGGCCAGAUCUGUACACAGCACAGAGGCCUGAGGGCUGUCAGAUCAUAUAUCCACCUGCCCAUUGUGAAGGAUCUGAACAGCAGAUAUGGCCGAGGUCGAGAUAGCUGAAGAUGUCGUAUCCGGGCCACUUGAACCUGAGGUGCCUCCACCUCCAGAAUCUCUACAAUUCAUCGUCGCCAUCAUCGGGCCGGAGGGUUCUGGAAAAACCACACUAGUCCGAUCUCUAUGUAACCACACUGAGAAAUUCGGCCCUAGUUUCUUGGAAUCAUACUUUAGGGGGGAGGGUGGAGAAAGUGGAGUCGAGAGGCACACUUACCCUCCAUUGCCCAACGUGACUCUCCUUGACUACCCUGGGUAUAAGCCAGGUGACUCCACUUCUGGGUAUAUAGACAGUAUUAAGCCCGACACCGUGCACUGUUUGGUGGUAACAUUUGGGGCGACUAUCUCUGAAACAGACUUGCAGCUAUUGGGGGCCGCGAAACAUCUAGGAAAGCCUGUCUGCAUAGUGCAAACGCAUAUCGACCUCACACUACACACAGAAAAGAGACGGCAGGGUAAAGGUUACUGGAGAGGGCAAACACUGAUGGGCCUAAGGGCUAAAUCACAGGAACAGCUGGGGGGACAUGGGCCACAAGGAUCAAGUGUCUUUUUGGUGUCCGGUCUAGAACCCCAGAACUACGACUUUCCAGGCAUGGUGGAUUAUAUUGAGAAGGAGAUUCUUCAGUGGAAGAGGCCAGUCCCUUUCACCACUGAACCUCAUUGCCAAGAACUGGUGUCAGUAUUUGAGGUGCAAUGUGACCAAGAAGGACUUUCUGAGUUCUGUUCUCUCCUCAGCAUCUUCUUAGACAACCCCCCACCUGUCUCUGCUGUGGUUGGGGUGACAGGCAGUGAUAAAGAAGCGACUGUCUCUGCCCUCUGCGAGCCCCCGCUUUCAGGACUUGUAGUGAAGCCGCUCCCUGGUCCAGGGACACCUCCCAUGUCUGUGGAACAGUAUUUGCAGAACUUACAGUCUGAAGCCUGUGAUGUCUACUUGAUUUUGGGCUCUGGAAUGGACAACAGCUCCCGGGCAACACUGGUGGAAGCCUUGGUUGCUAAUGGCAAACACUGUAUGCUGAUUGGUGGAGAAGGUGACAGAAGACACAAGCAUGAUGCCAAGGGGCAAGAGGAAGGCAGUAAAAAGUGCCAUCCUGGUGCUGACUUACCUGGACUAAGGGUAGCUUUAGAGAAGGGAGCACCACAGUUGGUGAGGGAAAGGCUCCUACAUGCCAUCCCCUCCAUCAUUAUUCAACUGGUAAGAAGAGAACGGAGAAGGCUUAUGAUGGGCAUAUAUGAUAUCUGUUUGGAUGUAUGUGCCAAGUCAAGUCAAGGGCAUUUGCCAAAUGCCCUGGCCAUCCUCUCCUCUACGUUGUCAUCAUUUCGUGCACGUUAUGGUUUGGAUGACGACUCCUUAACUUUGAUAUCACAAGUGACUGGGUGCAGUCCUGAGGACUUACGGGCUGAGAUUCAAUGCCCCCUGGCACAGGAUCCAAGUGUGGAUCAACUACUUCAGCUGACAUCUCAACCACUGUCUCUGACGGAGCUUGUCUGGAGUUAUGUACCACAUUGGGGUGGAGAAGAGACUCCAACUAAACUUUCUGCAGACCGUACCUAUCGGCUACUGGUGGAGGCCGUAUGGGGCAUGGCAGAAGAUGCAGAAAGGGUACUGCUACAUGGGUGCACCAAUCAGAAGGUGGCAAAAGACAGGACUGCCUUCUGCCAUUGGCCUUGUGUAUGAUUUUGCCACCAAAUUUAUCCAGAGCCGUGGCCCCCUGAAUACAUAUUUAUGCUUUGAUGUACCUUUGUCUGGGUGGCAAGCUUGGCAUAGCCCUUAUACCACGUAACAACAAAACCUACCAGAGUACCAGUCCGCAUAGUUUAGACACAGUAGCACACGUAGUAUUAUUAUUAUAGAAGAGGAAUAAAAUAAACUAGUGCAUCGUCCUUUGUGAGGUUCCUUGUUGAGUAUCUUGCCCUACAGUAGAGACCAGGGCACUAUCUGUUUCACGUAUCAGAAAUAUAGUAAAUGCAUGGAGUACCUUCUGCAUAUAUGCCAAUGUGAUACGCACGUGUUGUGUAACAAAAGAGCACGGAGUAUGCCAAGCUCCAGUUUGUUCCAGCUUUCGUAGGUAUACCUCCUUACAAUAUGAGAAUGUGAAUGGAGAUAGGUGCAAACGUUGACUUGACAUUGGAACACAUGACGGCAGCAGAGUCCUGUGACAUGUCACACACUGUCACUACUAUAAUAACUUGGCUGCUUAUACCAGGGUAAUAUGAAGAGACCCCUUAUCCUCUACAAAAGUAUAUUCUCACAAUAUGCCAUAUAGCAGUACCCAUAUAGUAGUCCCAUAUAGCAGUCCCCACACUAGUGCCCUAUAACCUCACAUAAUUAUUCUAUAUAAAAUAUUACCAAACAGUCGUCCCUAUUUGCCGCAAAAAUGGCACAUAAUAGCCAUACAAUUGAGGUGUUAUGCUGUAGCUUUAUACAAUUAUACAGUGCCCACUCAGUUGUGCUUACAGUAAUACAGUUCUAUAGCUCAAACAGGCAGUUCCCAGUCCAUUGAAGCCCACAGCUCCCCCUGCAGUAGAAUAUAUGAUAAGAAUGAGAUAAUAAUAGCGCCAGGGGUUAAGUCCUGGGGAGAAAAGUCUGGGAACUCACCCUAGAUUUCCACUUAAAGGGGUACUAUCCAAAAGGUUAGGGGAUAAGGUGUCUGAUCCCGGGGGUCCCGCCAGAGGCUCAUGACAUCACGCCCCCUCAAUGCAAGUCUAUGGGAGGGGGCGUGACGGCCGUCACGCCCCCUCCCAUAGACUUGCAUUGAGUGGGCUCUGCCCUGCAUCACCAGUCAUCCGGCACGGAGCGAAGUUCGCCCUGUGCACCGGAUGUCUGGGGUGCUGCAGCCCCCGCGGACCCCCGCGAUCAGACAUCUUAUCCCCUACGAUAGAGGAGGAGUAACCCUUUAAGGGCUGGUCUUCUGAUAAAGGGAACUGUGUUCCUGCUGUGGAAAAAGUGCAGGAACUCCGUUCCCAUGAGUUCCUGGAGGACUUGAGCCCUGAAUAGCGCCCAUAAAAUGCUGUAGUGCCCACACAGUUGUAGUGCCCACACUAUUAUAACAGCAGUCCCAAGUCCACCAUUAGAACACAAGAUAAGGAUGGCAUAAUAUGAGUGCCUAUACAAUGCUGCCCCACAGUAGUGCCCGUAUACAGAAAUGGUACACCACAGCAGUAGCUCCCAUGAUUGAUCUCCACAAUGGUACUACAGUAGUAUUGUUGUGGUCCGUGUCAGUCCAGUAGAGUUGUAAUGCAAUGUAAUGGUGCCGGCACAAAUGUUCAUUCAAUGAUAUAGUAAUGGGAUCAAUAGUUUGGUUUGGGGCUUAUUCACUUGAAGCCUUAAGUCUUGGGUGCCCAUAAAGAGGUGACGCACAGUAGUACCAUCUGGGCAGGAGGGAACUAGAGUAUAAAAGUUGCCCUGCCACAUCUUAUUGAAAGGCAAAUUACUGCUAACAAUACCCGACAGCUGGCACCAUAUUUCCUAUUCCCCUAAUAUCCUCCUGAUUGCGUCUUGAAUUAUAGUAACGCUACCGAAAAUAUGCGCCCUAAUAGUUAUUAAAUUAUUCAUAUGCUUCUGGAAGGGGCAUAGACAUGCUGUAUCGGAGAAGACUCUGGGAAACGAAUCGCACCCCUCAUCUGGGCCGUAACUAUAACUCCCAUCAUCUAAUGACCGAGCAGGAGACGACGACAACUUGUUUGCCCUACGUGACUGUACUUUGCAUUGUGUAAUAGGAAAAUGGCUGCGACCUGCAUCUGUGCCUCGGUGCUGUGCCUGCUAUAGUCGCUACCGGCUCGUCAGAGGAACAAUUUCUCAACAAUUGCUUGAAAUGAAUAAAAAAUAAAAAUAAAAAAAACUGCGUCUCCACAUGUUGAGCAUGUCCUCGCAGCAUGUCGUUCCGAUCGCCGCCAACAGGGGUGCACAGGUGUCAGUGCUUGGCGACAUGUCUGAUUACCGCCCCGCGUCUUGUAAUGAUGAUUUCCCUAAUAAACAAGCUGUUGUCGCACCAGU